GCAUUCCGAUUGGGAAACAGCUGUGCCGUACUGCAAGACUUCGUCAUGUCCGUUGCCCGAACACCCGGCCAACAGCAGCAGUUUCAAGCCGUGAAUUCCUUUCAGAAUGGAGGAACGAACUCAACAAAAACGAAAGUGCCCAAUGCUGUCUGGGAAGCCUUGGCCGAGGUGGAAGCUGUUCGAGGUAUCCUACUGCAACGGUGA